AUGCAAUCUCUAUCAUCCCUUCGGAGCGCACUUGGCUCUAUUUCUGCUUCAUUUCCUCUUCGUUCUCAUGGACCUCUCAACUCCAUCUGCAGACAUGCCGCCUCUCCAGGCAAGCUCAAACUCUCUCUCUCUCUCCUCUCCCUCUUCCCUACUAGUAAUUGGAAGCUUGUCCAUCAUGCAGGUUGUUUAGAGAGUCUUGGAGGUAGUUUUUGGUCUGUUGAUAAUGUUGCUAGAGGAGAAAGUGCAAGACAUAUGUCACGGUAUUCUGGAAAUUCAGGGAUGAAUUUUGGUUUGUUGGCUUAUAAGGAGGAUGUCACUGCUCCAUAUGCUUUGAGUUUUCGAAGUUUCAUCCACUCCUCGGGCCAGAAAGACGUUGAAACAGGGAGAGAUUCCAACCCCACAGACUUUGCUGUAGGUCAGGAAGCCUUUGAGAUGGGGAGAAGUUCCUGGCAGAAUUCCAACUUUCAGAUGGGGAGAAAUUUCCGGCACAUGGACUCUGCAGGAGGGAGAAAUUCCAGGCCAAUGCAGUUUGUGAGGGGAGUAUUAGAGCAAGAUGAUUACCCACUUCCUCGGCACCAACUUGAGCUAAGUGAUGAUUUUGUGUCCAUGAAGCUAACACGUAACAAUACCUUUGUUACGGUGACAGAUUCCAAGGGAAAUAAAAAGAAAAAUGUUUCGAUGACAGCAGGAUGGUUGCAAAAACUGCAAGGGGGUGCAAAACUUGGUAGGUAUGCUGCUGAAGCAACUGCAGAACAUGUUGGACAAGCAGCAAGACAGCAGGGGUUGACAUCAUUUGUAAUGAGGGUGAAUGGUUUAAUGUACUUUAGGAGGAAAAGGAUAGCAAUCAUGAGCUUUGCAGAAGGCUAUGGUAAGCAUGGUCCAAGUCCUAUCACACAUAUUGAAGAUACUACUCGACUUCCGCAUAAUGGAUGUCGACUCCCAAGGAAGCGCCGAAUUUAG